GGGAUUUAAACGAAGACGGAAGUUGGUAACAGGGAAGCCUCUCGCUUUGCACUUAAUGAGACUUGCUACGUUAGCCUACAGACCAUACAGACAACAAAAGCAACCCGUCCGGUAAUGUUAACAGUAUUUAGACAAGGUUUUGUAGUUAGUUGGUAAUUUUAUCGUGUUGCACACACCUUUUUAACAAUUGUUUUACGCUGUGACCUUUGCACACAUAAAAGCCUGACGUUUGUUGCCACUCGGCGUAACGUUACGUAUUAAGGCUAACGUCACUUUUCAAAGAUGCAGGUGCAGAGAGUCGUUCUCAACUCACGGCCAGGUAAAAACGGGGCGCCAGUUCCUGAAAAUUUCCGUCUGGAGGAGACGACUUUGGUACCUGACCUGAAAGAUGGAGAGGUUCUUGUUCGGACGCUUUGCCUCUCUGUCGACCCUUACAUGCGAUGCAGAAUGAAUGAAGACACCGGUGUUGAUUAUGUGGCUCCAUGGCAGCUGUCUGAGAGUGUGGAUGGUGGAGGUGUCGGCGUGGUUGAGUCCAGCCGCUGCAGUACUUGCAGUGAGGGAGGUGUGGUCACUUCAUUCAACUGGCCUUGGCAGACCUAUGCUGUUAUGAAAGGAAGUGUCUUACAGAAGGUUAACCCACAGUUGGUUGAUGGGCACUUGUCCUACCUUUUGGGUGCAGUUGGCAUGACAGGCCUCACUGCACUGUUGGGCGUAAGGGAGAAGGGUAAUGUGAUCCAAGGGGCCAAUCAGACCAUGGUGGUGAGCGGUGCAGCUGGGGCCUGUGGCUCCAUAGCUGGACAGUUUGGCAGGCUGGAUGGCUGUGUGAGAGUGGUUGGGAUUUGCGGUUCUGAUGAGAAGUGCAGAGCUUUAGUGGAUGACCUGGGCUUUUCUGCAGCCAUCAACUACCGCCAAGAGGAUGUCCCUACAAGGCUCAAGGAGCACUGCCCUGAUGGGAUAGAUGUUUACUUUGAUAACGUGGGAGGUGCCAUCAGUGAUACUGUAAUCGCACAGAUGAACAAAGACAGCCAUGUGAUCCUGUGUGGGCAGAUCUCACAGUACAACAAGGACGUGCCGUAUCCUCCGCCCCUGAGUGAGGAGAUACACGAAACCCUGCGAAGGAAGAACAUCACCCGGGAGCGAUUUAUGGUGCUUAACUACAUGCACAAAGCAGAAGCUGCCCUCUGUGAACUGAGCCAGCGAGUUAAAUCAGGCCAAAUCAAUGUGCUGGAAACUGUGGUUAAUGGCAUCGAAAAUAUGGGAGAUGCAUUUUGCUCUAUGAUGAAAGGGGGAAACAUUGGCAAGCAAAUUAUAAAGAUAUCAGAGUGAAGAAAAUCACUGUAGCUGCUCUGACGAGACGGACGCCUUGGGAAAUUAACUUACAGUUGCCUUUCUAUCACCAUUAACACUAACUUAAUGAACUGUAGUAAGAUAUUGCAUUGAUUAGCUGACGCCAGUUGAUUACAUUUAUAAACCAUGAAUGAAAAAUUACAUAAUGAAAAAAAAAUAAAUGAAAUUUAAAAGUUAGAUCUAAGUCUUGAAUUUAAUACUUAUUGAUUUAGACUUUUGGAAAUUGUUGUAGCAGUAAUACAUGUAGAGUACAAUAUUCCAGUACUGCCUAAUGAUAAUAAUCUACAAAAGCACUGCCCAUACUGUACCAGUACCAUAAUAUGACAUCAGCAGAUGUCUUCUCGUAUGGAGUCCCGAAACUGACAAAAGGCAGUAAAAGGACAAAGACAAAAUCUUUUAGUACAAUAAUUCAGAAGGAGUUUUUCUUCUUCUUUUACUUCCAAUCAGUUGAAAAAAUAUCUGAUUGGAGGUAAAAUAACUAAGUCACUGAAGCAAUCAAGAACACUGCCUAGUUAGCUUAGCUGAAAACACUGCUAGCUUAAUGAACACACAAAUUACCAGCCUUCUCAGCUAGCUACCUAGCCUAAACAUAAAACUAUGUAUAUGUAGGCCUAAGGUUAAUCAUCCAUAUACUCCAUAUUGCGUUAGCAUUACUGUCUAAAUAAAUACAUAGCAAAAGGCUGGCAAGCUGAUAACAAAAGUUAGCUUGCAAAAACUAUUUGAAAGUAGCUUCUAUCUUCAUAGCAUUAUUGUCAUGUCUCCUGGACCACAGUGGCAACUUUGGACUUUACUGUGUAUAUGUGAUUCAUUGUCUCUCAUAAUGUUAAACUAAAUAAAAGAUAUUUUAGCUAGCUAACUUUGCAGCUUGCUAGCUAAAGUGCUUUAGCUACAAAAAAGUGCAAGAGUUAAUACAGUAUAUACUAAUAGCAGAGCCAGCAGAAUACAGCAUAAACACAAUUAACAUUAUGGGUGGCUUAGUUUUAAGAAGAAAACUGGACUGCAUUGUGUUAUCCUCGACAUUGUGUAGAUGUGAUUUAAUGUCUUAUUUCUUAAACUGUUUUAACUAAAGAUUUUAAAGUAGCAUUAGCUAACUAAUUUUGUUUGCACAAGCUUUUCAACUAAAGUGCUUCAGCAACAAAGACUAUAAGACUGAUGCUUUAGAAGUAUAGAUGAUAAAUAGUACAUUCACUAGCUGGUUUAGUUUCAUGAAGAGCUAUAUAACUAGCUGAAAAUGCUGGUGCUUAUUGUAUUUAUUUCCCUGCCAAAGUUUUCAAUAAAGCUACAUACCAAUGGCAAUAUCAUUGUCAUAUAAGCAUGAAGAAGUAGGAAAUGUUAGAUGUGGAUAAAUUAUUAAAUGUGUACCAAGAUCAAACAAAUAGGAAAAAG